AUGGCGUCCAGACCCUCCGAUAUGCCGGUCAUACGGCUGGAGGACUUGGUGGUACCUGCGAAAGACGGCGAGCAUAGAAGUAUUCCUGGAGCAAAGUUUAUUGAAAAAGUCGAGACCUUCGUGGGAGCAUGCAAUCCGAUGGCCGUGGAGUGUCUCUUCAAGGAGCUUCUCCAGAAAUACCGGUUUAUGGAGCGUUCGCUCCUGGGGCAGAAGGACACUCUGCGGGCCAAGACCAUUGCCAUUAAAGAGACUAUGGAUGCUAUCAAAAUGUUGCAGACACACAGGGACAAAGCGAGAGAGGGUGGCGAUGGCGAGCUGAAGACGCAUCUGCAGCUCGCAGAAACGAUCCACGUUGAGGCCACUGUGCCCCCAACAGACACAGUCUGUCUGUGGCUAGCUGCCGAUGUUGUUGUUGAGUACACUCUCGAGGAAGCAGAAGAAGUACUAAGCCGGAGCUUAAAAUUUGCCACCAAGUACAUCGAGGAGGCGGAGACGGACAUGGAGUGGCUUCGAACUCAGAUAACGAUGACGGAAGUGAACAUCGCACGAGUGCACAAUUUCGCAGUCCUGAAGAGGGAUCAGGAAAGGGCUGCUGCCUGUCCAGGACAGGCGAACCACCAAAUCAUAAGACGAGGACAUUUUCGAUUCCGUCUCGACUAUGACGGCACUCAGCAGACACCUUCACGCUAUCCAUGUAGUAGCCUUGAGUGUAGGUAUUUUGCUUGUGUGCCUAAAGGUGUCGGUUUUAGAAGAAAUGGGUCACAGGCAGCGAGAAAGGCAACAACGGUCGUUUUUGCUUAUUUGCAACUUGACUUACUUUCAAAGUAUGAGGCCACUGCAGUCAGUCUUCACCCCUCGCAGACAAUUCAGCAGUAUACUACUGACCUCAACCCGGCGGGUAGCGGGCGAAUGGGGAGAGAAUGCGAAAAAAUGCAUAUCGGACUCGCAAUUAGUAUCCACACAGAAGCCACUGCCCUUUCAACGGAAACAGCUCGCUUCGCCAGCGGGGACACCAAAAUAAUAGUUAACCAAGCUGGCCAGCCUAACUAG